GCGACUCGAGCGCAUAUUCUCAUCCGAAUUUAUUUUUUAAUCCCCAUCCGCUCGACCGGGAGGGAGCUGUUUCUCUUCUGUACAUCAUUUCUCCCGUCCCCCCCACCUCCCUCACUGUUCUUCAUGCGCAUGUUAUUUGAACUUCCCGUUUUAGCUUCCUUCUCUUCUUUUCGCUUCUCUUCUCCACCCCCACCUCCCGGUUUAAGUUGGAGCGUGUGAUGAGCGCUCGGGUUGCAGCGUAGCCGCCCGCGCGCCUCUGGAUCGGUACAACGGAGCACGCGGACAGCAGCAGAGACGGGCCGUAAUGUAAAACGCCAAUGGAGUUAGGAAUUUAUGACAGAACAUGGGGAAGAUGAGCGUCCUGUCGCUGUGUUUUCUCUUGUGCGCCGAUCUGCUGGAUUUAGCCUUCGGGUAUUUAACAGUCACAAUAGACCCCUUACCACCUGUUGUUGUGGGAGAGACGGUGACACUGAAGUGCAACUUCAAGACCGACGGCAGAUUGCGAGAGAUAGUUUGGUACAGGGUUACAGAUGGAGGCACAAUUAAACAGAAGAUUUUCACUUAUGAUGCCAUGUUUAAUACCAAUUACUCCCACAUGGAGGACUAUCGCAGGAGAGAAGACCUGGUGUAUCAGUCAACAGUUCGGCUCCCAGAAGUCCGAAUUUCAGACAACGGGCCUUACGAAUGCCACGUGGGCAUCUACGAUCGGGCCACCCGGGAAAAAGUGGUCCUGGCAUCAGGGAAUGUCUUUCUCACGGUCAUGUCACCGCCAAACAACAUCUCAGUAGUAGCAGAGAACACACCAGCGCCGUUCAGCCGCUACCAAGCCCAGAACCUCACUCUGAUCUGCACUGCCAAAGGAGGCAAACCCGCACCAUCGGUAUAUUUUAAGCGAGACGGUGAGCUGAUUGAAGUGAUCUCCUACGUCUCACCGACGGCAGCCGAUGAAGGAGGAGGCUCAGCAGGUGUGCGCAGGGCAAGGCCUCUGAUGAGCAGGGAUCUGGAUGACACCAAAAUGCAGAAAUCACUGUCUCUGCUUGGACGCCUCUAUACUGAGAGUCCGAGACGGACCUACGCGGCCCGGCAGGCACGUUACGAGACCAGUCCAGCUACAGAGGCUAUCCCAGAGACGGUGGUGAGCCGUGAGUUUCCGCACUGGGUGCAAAGUGCCGACCCGGCCUACUUCUUCAGCAAUGCCCACCUCCCACAGAGCGAUGGUUCUGUGACUGUGCAAGCCAAGCUCACAUGGACCCUGAACCCUCAAAUGGACAAUGAUGCCCUAUUCAGCUGUGAGGUUAAACACCCAGCCCUCUCCAUGCCUAUGCAGACUGAGGUCACAUUGGCGGCUCCUAAAGGCCCCAAGCUUAUCAUGACCCCAACCAGGGCGAAGGUAGGAGACACGGUGCGCAUCAUUGUGCAAGGAUUCCAGAACGAGGUGUUCCCCGAGCCGCUGUUUACCUGGACACGAGUGGGAGGACGUCUGCUGGACGGCACCAGUGAGAGGGAAGGGAAGGAGCUAGUGCUGGAGCGAGUGCCUGCAGAACUCAACGGCUCCAUGUACCGCUGUACAGCACAGAACCCACUGGGUUCUACUGAUACACAUACACGCCUCAUCGUUUUCGAAAACCCAAGCAUGAUGAAACACACACAGAAUCAAAACAGUGGGGGUCCCAGAUUGCACGCACACGGACUGAUAUGGCUGCCCCUCGUCCUCAUACUGACUAUCAGACUGAAAUGAGCAUUCAAAAAAAACAAAACAACAACUGCCCACACCCACGUGUCCGUCCACGCUGACCAAGCACACACACUUUCCCACCCUGGCACACUUUGGGACUGUCUUCAGAGGACAUCUGCAACAUCGCCAGGAGGUGCCACGUUCUCUCCUCAUUUUUGUUUUUGUAAGAACCUGAUGACGACAUCUGUGAUUAUAACGACAAAAAGCAAAAGAUAUUCCUAAUGUAAGAAGAAGCUCCACCUUCUGUAUUGUCCAUACCUCGUUUUUGUGUCUCGUCUCAACCUGUCAAUAAAAAAAAAAGAAGAAAAAGUAAAAAACAAACAAACAAACAAAAAAAAAAAACCUGGGCUUCUUUCUUCUUUGAGCCGAACUCAUGAUGUCAUGGUGGUUGUAGUGGACUGCGAUAUGAUCAGGAAAGACUAAAAACAGAAACACAGAAACUAUAAUCGCUGAUCCACCCAUACAACUAUACUGCACUCGAGCACAAACAUCCUCUUUUUGGACGCCAUUUUUUGUGUUUUAGCACAGUAUUUUCCCCCCCAUUCUUUUUUUUUUUUUUUUUUCUUGAAUGGCUCAUGGCUGGAAUGUAAAAAAAAAAAAAAAAAAAAAAAAAAAGACUCUUAUAAAACAAAUCCUGUGAACUGGUGAGAUUUUAUUUGAGAAGUAAAACAGAAGACCCUCUUUUUAAAUGUAUUUUGUGUACAUCCGUGUAAAUACUGAGAGGUAUAUUAAAAAAAAUAUGAAAUUCAGAGAUAUAAGGGGGUUGAGGGGUGAUGGGUGGGAGAUUAGCAAACCUUUAUUGCUUAUACAUGUUUGGUCAUCCCCAGUUCAGUAAUACCAUCAUUGAGGAAUCAUAACCAAGGAAUUUUAUUCAAGGACAGUUAAAAAAAAAAAAAAAAAAAGACUAAAUAGACUUCCCUUAUUCUGAUUUAAUGCUCCCUCAAACCUGUGCAUCAUGACGGCAGGCUUGAAAUAAGAGGAAAACACAUCCUUAACAUAGUGUACGUCUGCCUUUCUUCUCCAGGUUGUGGUGCAUGUGACGUUUGGCGAUUUCUCCUCUUCUGCAUCUGUUACAGUGGCGGCAUUGUCGCCUCGCUCUGCUCUCACCCACAUGUUCUUUCCCCCUCCCCCCUUUUCUUGUUGCAUAAUAUAUUCAGUGACCUGCAUCGUGUACAGUAUGUAACUCUCUCCUAACAGGUACUGCUAGGAUCAUGUUAUUCACCAUUUAUCCCCCUCCUCCCAUUCCUCUGUUCCUCAAAGGAGUGUAAACAGGGUUGUUGUAUUUGUUUCAUAUCACCUGUAUUAAAACAUGGAGAUGAUCAACUUGA